CAGGAAACUAUUCAAACUAAACCAAGUUAAUAUAAAAAAAGUUACUACAAAAACCAACUAGGAAAACCUUGUUCAAUAAACGAUUGAAUUCCUGGACUGCAAACUUAUAGAGAUCAGCACUCCUUGCAUCUAAACUACUGCAUUCUUGAAAUGAUGUCUUCUCAUCCUAUUCCGUCUCCAUGGAGUGGUUUUUAUCGUAAAGCCAUUAGAGAGCGUCAGAAUCAACUGUGUCUAGCCUAUCCGUCGCUGUUUGGCAACACCACGUUGAAUGCAACGGAAACCAUUUCCAGUCCUGCUAAUGUGGUCAACGGAACAGACGAUACAUUGAAUGAUUCCACUGCUGGGUUCCGUCAUCAUCCAUUUCCACUGUCGCCCAUCUCUGAUGAAAUCGCUGAUAAUAUGAUUGAGAACUGUGUUGGAACCAUUGGACUGCCCAUUGGUCUUGCCUUGAAUUUUGUAAUCAAUGGUGAACAGUUGGUCAUCCCCAUGGUCGUUGAAGAACCUUCUGUCGUUGCUGCUGUUUCGGGUGCUGCCAAGACAAUCUGUCAGGCUGAUUUCAAUCCUAAAGGUUUCGAGGCCUUUGCUAGUGAGAGGAAUAUCAUUUUUGCUCAGAUUCAACUGCUGGAUGUCUAUGAUGUGGAUAUCGAUCGUGUUAUUCAGCAGAUUCAAUUCGAAAAAGAUACCAUCUUGGCAAUCGCAAACGAGUACUGUUCUAGCAUGUACAAGCGCGGUGGGGGUGCUGUCGACAUCACUGUUCGUAAAAUCACUCGUUCUAAACCAAAAGGUUGUGUUGGUCAUUCCAUGAAGUAUUGGCUUGUUGUUCAUGUGCAUAUUGAUGUCUGCGAUGCAAUGGGUGCAAACUGUGCUAGUACUGUUGCUGAAGGUGUCGCUCCUUUCCUCACUCGGCUUUCGGGUGGUCGAGUCGGAUUUCGAAUCGUAUCCAAUCUGUCCACUGAGCGUAUAGCUACAGCGAGAUUCAAGGUUCCAAUAUCCAAAAUGGCUUACAAGGAUGUCUCGGGUGAAGAUGUUGCCAAUCACAUUGUCGAGGCUUACGAGUGGGCUUGUGAUGAUCACUUUAGAGCAAUCACUCACAACAAGGGAAUCAUGAAUGGAAUCGAUGCUGUUGCUAUUGCUACUGGACAGGACUGGCGCGCUAUUGAAGCAGCAUCCCAUAUCGCAGCAACUACAUCGGUUAGAUCCCAAAUAUCAAAAGCUACCAGUGACCAUACUUUGGGCUCAUCGUUUUAUGGCCCUCUCUCAAGAUAUUGGAUUGAAGAUCUGGGCGACGAGGGAACUUUUUUCCGUGGUGAAAUGAGUCUUCCUAUCUGUGUUGGUGCAUCAGGAGGUGUUCUCAAAACAAAUCCAGUGUAUCGAUAUAAUUUUGGACUUAUGGGAUAUCCAGAUGCCAAAAAACUUGCAAUGAUUAUGGUUUCGGUGGGAUUGGCUCAGAAUUUUGCUGCUUUGCGUGCUCUGUGCACAGAAGGCAUCCAACGUGGCCACAUGUCUUUGCAUGCUAGAAAUAUUGCUGUUGCAGUCGGUGCUCCAGCACAUGCUAUUCAGGAAUGCACAUCGUUCAUGGUCAAGUGUGGCCGCAUUACCAGUGCAACUGCCAAAGAAUAUCUUGGAGCUCAUCAUCUGCAAAGCCAGAUUGCUCAGCUGGCCAAGUCCACCAGCUCUUGUGCUUCUAACAGCGAUUCGACCACUCAAUUUAAACUAUCACGUCCACUUUCCAUGUUUUGUUUUGAAGAAAUGCCGUCUUCAAAAUCCAAGGUUCUUGAGUUGGAAAAUCGCUUGUCACUCAAUAUUGCCUUUGCUAGCUAUUCGGAAAAGCCCAUCAAUAUUGAGAUGACUCCAAGCAGCAUUUCCAUUCACGAUCCUUUGAUUGCAUCGCUUUUUGGGAGCAAGACGUUUGAAUGGAUCAAUGCUGUGCCUGGUCUGCUGGCCCGUAUCAAACUGAGUUCCAUCAAAAACGAUAUGCGUCGCUCAAACAGGAUGCUAUCCAAAAAACUUAAAAUUAUAUCUGUCCUUUUAAAUAUCUUGACACGACGUUUACUUGCAUCGCAUCCUGCUGUCAUUUCUGAUUUUCUUGCCAAAAUGUUUGAGCUUUCUAAAAAUGGUGAAACCGGCCAUACUCAAACUUUUGAACAUGUAGAACCUCAAUCUUUCAGCAAACGCUUUCGCACACACUCUACUCCUGAAUCGUCAAUCAAUGGUCUGGACGACGCUUUCCAAGGCAAUAUAUCAAAUCUUGGUAUUUUCCAGUGUGAUCCAUACUAUGCUGUUGAUUUUGUGCGUGCCCGUUCCACAGACGAAAUGCUUCUUGUUGGCGUACCUCUUUUAAUGGCGCUUUGGCAGGUAUUCAAUUACCGCGUAGCACAGUGGGUUGGGGACACCACUCUUGCGACCAGCUUGGUAGAAGAACAGAGCAACAUUAUUGAAUGUCUAGCUGCUACCCUUCCAAGCAUUGAACAGUCCAUAACCAGUGAAACACCUCUUAAUACUAUCAAAAAAAAUGAGUAUGUUGCUACACUUUUACAUCUCCAUGCUAAGCGAUUCCAAACCACAUUGAUUUUAUUAUGCGAUGCAGUCACGUUGGACAUUCCACUUGAUUCGCACACGCAGCGACAUGCUUUCCGUGAUUUGGGCCGUAGACUGGAAAAUGAGCAGGCCAUUGCUCACGAUCUGUCACCAGACAGGAUACUGCGUGAUCUUGCUAUUGUACGUCGGCAGGGACUCUCAUUGACUGGUGAUCUCCGACACGGUCUUGUCAACAUUUUUUUGGCGUGGUUACAUGUUGUCCGCCAAUGGCCAAUCGAUCGCAUCAUAGCUAUUGGUGAUGCCGCUUUGAACUCGCAACAGCGGUUUUUGGGUCUUGAGCAUGAAAUGAGGGAUUUUGUUGGCCAAAUGCAAACUUUAGAAUCAAGUAAGCGAGCACCAAUCGGUGCAGCGGAAGGCAUAGAUGCUGCUACUUUGGAUCUGAGUCGGAAUCUAGAAAUGUAUCGAGAAUACUAUGGAGUGUUGGAUCUAUUCAAAAAGUUGACUGAAUAAAACUGUCUGAAUACCUUGAAGU